AUGUCUCAGCCCGUUCGAUUUCAGUUCAGCUCGGAGGCCGUGGGCAGAGGCCACCCCGACAAAAUCGGUGACCAGAUCUCUGACGCACUCCUCGACAAAUGCCUCGAAGAAGAUCCUCUUUGCAAAACUGCCAUCGAGGUCGCCGUGGGACGCGGAUUUGUCCUCGUAUUUGGCACGCUCACGGCAAGAGUCGAACGGGUUGACGUCGUCGAAACGGUUCGAGAGGUCCUCCGAGACAUUGGAUAUAUAGACCUAACGAUGGAUAUUCACUGCGACACCUGCGAAGUGAUCGAUCGUGUGGAGAGGUGUAUUCCCUCCAGAUUACUGUCUCCAGAGGGGCCACCGACGUCCUUGCGCGACGUGCCAGCGGGAGAUCAGGGAAUGACUUUCGGUUACGCCACGGACGAAACAUCUUCUCUACUCCCCUUAACGGUAUUGCUCGCGCAUAACAUCACGAAAGCUCUCGACGCGGCGAAACGAUCCGGCGAGCUCCCAUGGGUACGAUCCGACACGAAAGCGCAGGUCACUGUGGAGUACGAAUCCGAGGGCGGCCAUUUGACUCCUCGCCGGAUCACUGACGUCGCAGUGACAUUGCAGCACGAUCGAACCGUAUCGGUAGGCACUCUGCGGACAGAAAUCCGAGACAGAAUCCUGGGGCGAGUCCUCCCGGCGGAUCUUAUCGACGGAUCGACAAAAUACCGAAUCCAACCUUGCGGGGACUAUGGAAUCGUACCGUCCGGGAAGUUCGCGGGGAUGACGGGUCGCAAAAUUGUGGCCGACACUUACGGGGGUUGGGGGAGCCACGGCGGAGGGGCACUCUCAGGGAAAGACUUUCGACAGGUUGAUCGCACCGGAGCUUAUCUCUCGAGAUGGAUUGCAAAGUCGCUUGUUGCCGCUGGUUUUGCAAGUCGCUGUAGUGUUCAGCUGGCUUGGUGCGCGGACGACCCUUGCCCCAUCAGCCUUUCGAUAGACACCUACGGCACGGGGAAAAGACCCUCUGCAGAGCUGGAGGAAAUGGUCCGUCAGCAUUUUGAUAUGCGGCCCGGCGCAUUGGCGUUGGAGUUUGGUCUCAACAAGCCGAUCUUUAUGAAAAUCUCGAGGCAUGGACACUUUGGUGACCGAUCUUUACCGUGGGAGAAACCAAAGUGUUUCUCUGGAUGGCUUACGGCUAUUGACUCUCAUGGUGUAGCAACUCAAAUAUCCGCGCUGCAAAGCCCGUCAGGUUGA